UCGAAAGUAGGAACAGUUGUGCAACAUUUCUAAAGAACGCUCUGUAUCUGCAACGUCCGUCAUCCAAAAUGCCGAGGAAGGUUGCCUUCAGCUGUAAGCAGAAAAAGAAACAACUGCAAGAGAAGAAAUUAAAAAAGAAAGAUGGACCAAAAUAUUUGGCUGAUCAAAGCGACAGCGACAGUGACAAUGAAACUGAGACAUCUGCUGUUUCUGAUGUUUCUACUGCUGGUGCGUCACAUUCUACUGUUGAUGUCUCUGGAUCAAGUCAGGGUGAAGUCAAGACUCUCCUGGGCGAUUUCAACGUUCAGAAAAUUAACCAGCAGCCACAGACUGAUUACAGCUCUAUCACGCCGGCCAACAGUUUUCGACUUCACUUUUUCAAAGAAUCGGACGAAGUAGUCAACAGGAGGAAGAAAGAUGCCAGAAGACCUGUGAAGCAGGUGGAUGAGAAGUACCUGGAGUACAAGAUGGAAGACGUUUAUCCUGCCAACACUUGCCUUGACUUUCCAAAACGACCACCCUGGAGUUAUCGUCUCAGCAAGGAGAAGCUGGAGGAACAAGAGCAACUGUAUUUUAAUAAUUACCUUCAGGAGGUCAUGGGUCAGCCCCGCGCCCAAGAUCUGAGCUAUUUUGAGCUGAACCUGCAGACGUGGAGACAGCUGUGGCGGGUGCUGGAGAUCUCCGACCUACUUCUGGUCAUCGCCGACAUACGCUACCCGGUUCUCCAUGUCUCCCCGAGUCUUGUGUCCUACGUCACAGAAGAGCUCCACAAACAAGUGGUGAUAAUUCUGAACAAGAUCGACUUUGUUCCCACAGCCCUUGCCGUGGCCUGGAAACGUUACAUCCAAGCACGCUUUCCUGGCGUGCCGGUCGUGUUUUUCUCAUCCUUCCCGAGAGAUGUCCCGCAGGCUGAGGUUCUCUCCAAUUUUGAUCCCUCUAAAGGUUUAUACAAACAUCCAUUCCAAGGGAAAUACACACCAGUUGGUCCGGCUGAGCUCUUGUCUGUUUGUCAGGGCAUUGUGAAGGACAAAGUUGACCUCUCUGGCUGGGAAGAGAUGUUGGAGGAUUCGAACCCACCGCCAUCCACCCUGAAAGAUCCCUGCGACGGUGACGGAAGUCCUGAGGGAGAUGUGCAAAGUUCUCAGGCCUCCGAUAGUCGUGAAGAAGCCUGUAAUGAGAGGCAAUCGUUGAGCGGUACUCCAUCUGCCACUCCACAGUACAAAGAUGGCGUCUUGACCAUUGGCUGUAUCGGGUACCCAAAUGUUGGGAAGUCUUCAGUGCUCAACGCUCUAGUCAAAAGAAAGGUUGUGUCAGUGUCCCAGACUCCGGGCCACACCAAACACCUCCAGACGAUCUUCCUCUGCCCGACGGUCAAGCUCUGUGAUUGCCCAGGUUUGGUGUUCCCUUCUAUGGUGCCCAAGUCCCUGCAGGUUGUGGCAGGAAUCUUCCCGGUGGCCCAGGUGCGAGAGCCGUACUCCGUGGUGGCGUACCUGGCCAAGAGACUUGACCUGCCAGCUCUCCUCUCGCUGACCCCGCCAAACUCCUCGCCGAAGAAACGCGACAAGAACACCAGCCGCUACAUCUGGUCCGCCAUGGACAUUUGUGAUUCCUGGGCUUUGAAAAACGGCUUCAGGACGUCGAAGGCAGGCAGACCCGACGUCUACCGCGCUGCCAACAAAAUCCUCCGGCUUGCCGUGGAAGGUCAGCUUUGUCUCUCCUUCCGACCACCUUCCUACACUGACAUGUUAGACGGCUUGUUGCAAGAUCCAGAGACACAGGACCUGGCCAAACUCCUCGUCCGUGGAGCCCGGAGUCAUCAAUGUACUCCGGGGGAAGACAGUGUGGAGGAGAAUGAGGUGGGCGAAGAAGACGAAGAGGAGGAACAUCAGGAGGAGGAAAAGGAGGAAAAAGAGGAGGAAGAGGAGGAGGAGGAGGAGGAGGAGGAGAGUGCACACAGUGACAAGGAUGUUUGACUUUUGCUCAAUGUUGAAAUCAAAAUAGUUUUUAAUGUUUUGCCAAUGUCCAAAUCAUGUAAAAAUGUAAUGUAAAUAUAGAUAUCACCAUAUGAAAA